AUUCAACUUCAUACCCUUCGAUUUCCCACGAAUUAUUACAACGAAACUCUUAAAUACGACCCUCGAGUUAGUGUGUUUGGAACCAUAUAAUUAGAUCAGGCGACUUUUAUACACGGAGCAGCCAUGUCGUCGAUGCGAAAUGCGGUUCAGCGCCGCCCGCAUCGCGAGAGAGGACAACCUGAAGAGCGCGCAAAAUGGGGAUUAUUAGAGAAACACAAGGACUACUCCGCCCGCGCGCGCGACUUCAACGCCAAAAAAACCAAACUCAAAGCCCUCCGCCAAAAAGUCCUCGACAAAAACCCCGAUGAAUUCUACUUCGGGAUGGUCUCCCAAAAAGGCCCCACCACAUCCGGCAAGAACAGCACCGGGACGCUGAACGGUGACAAGGGGAACAAAGUCCUCGACCAGGACGCGGUGCGGUUGUUCAAGACGCAGGAUUUGGGGUACGUGAGGACGAUGUGGAAUAAGACUGCGAAAGAGGUUGAGAGCCUGAGGAGGAGGGUGGUGGGGAUUGAGGGGGAGGGGAGGAGGGUGGUGUUUGUGGAGGGGGAGGGGGAGAGGGCCGUUAGGAUGGGGGGGCUGAGGAGAGGGAGGAGCGGGAGGAGGAGAGGGGGAGGAGGAGGGGGAGAAAAGGUUGAGGAGGGUGAGGGAGAAGGAGGCGGGAAAGUUGGAGGGGAUGUUGGAGAUUGCGGAACGGAGGUUGGAGGCGCUUACGGAGGCGGAGGAGGCGCUGGAUUUGCAGAGGAAGAAGAUGGGGAAGACGAUGAGUGUUGGGGGGGUGACGAAGGGGGGGAUGAAGUUCAAGGUUAGGGAGAGGAAGAAGUAGGGUGGG